ACGGGCCGGAGCUCCCUCCAGUUGCUUUCCCUAGUUAAUUUCUUUGGUAAACAAAAUUGAAGGAUGAGUGAACUGGAACAGUUGAGGCAGGAAGCUGAACAACUGCGGAAUCAGAUUCAGGAUGCUAGGAAAGCGUGUAAUGAUGUGACACUUAUUCAGAUCACAUCAAAUAUGGAUUCCGUGGGUCGAAUACAAAUGCGAACAAGACGUACACUGAGAGGUCACCUAGCUAAAAUCUAUGCUAUGCACUGGGGAUAUGAUUCAAGGCUACUUGUCAGUGCUUCCCAAGAUGGAAAAUUAAUUAUUUGGGAUAGCUAUACAACAAAUAAGAUGCAUGCUAUUCCUUUGAGGUCCUCCUGGGUGAUGACCUGUGCUUAUGCUCCGUCUUGUGAUUAUGUUGCUUGUGGAGGACUGGACAACAUCUGCUCUAUAUAUAACUUAAAAACCAGAGAGGGAAACGUGAGAGUGAGCAGAGAGUUACCGGGUCACACGGGCUACUUGUCCUGCUGUCGUUUCUUAGAUGACAGCCAAAUUGUUACAAGUUCAGGAGAUACAACUAGUGCAUUAUGAGACAUUGAGACUGCUCAGCAGACCACCACAUUCACCGGGCAUUCUGGAGAUGUGAUGAGUCUUUCUCUGAGUCCUGACGUGAGGACUUUUGUUUCUGGUGCUUGUGAUGCCUCUUCCAAAUUAUGGGAUAUUCGAGAUGGAAUAUGUAGACAGUCUUUCACUGGACAUGUGUCAGAUAUUAAUGCUGUCAUUUUUUUCCCUAAUGGAUAUACCUUUGCCACUAGCUCUGAUGACGCCAACUUCUCUUUUGUCCCAGGGGAGCCGGCUGCGGGGACCCGCUCUCAGUCUCCGUCUCAGACCAUACCCUUCCACCACUCUAAUAUCCAGUUCACCACGCACUCUACCCACCCACUCUUCUCCAAAGGACAGAAUCAAAAGCCCCUGUACCUGGAUCUGUGGAGCUAG